AGAAGAGGAAUACAUCCAAUCAAACAGCAGAGGUUCACGUGAUCACUGGGCCUGGCUGGUAUAUAUAGGGCCUCGGCGCUCCACUUCGGCACAACGAUCCCGGUCGCAGAAGCCUCAGCAGGAGUUCUGGGACCACAAGCAGAAAUCAUGAAUUUUCUGGCAGCUAUCUGUGUUCUCGCCGUGAGCGUGAGUGCUCAGGUUGGGCCUUCUGGGAUCGUUAGUCCCGAUGGAAACAACGUCCAGUUUUCACAUGAUUUCGCCAACAACAUCGUGCUCACCGGACCUUCAGGCAUCGUGACCAAGGAUGGCAACAACCUCCAGCUGACCCAUGGCCAGGCUGCCCUCAAUGCCGCCACCCCAUCGGCUCCUGUGCCCGUGCCCACGUACGUGGCCUACCGUGCCGUUGUCGGCCCCGCCGGCAUCGUGAACCCCGACGGGCAGAACGUCCAGUUCAGCCAGGCAUUCGCCGAUAACGUCGUGCUGGUCGGACCGGCCGGCAUCGUGACCAAGGAUGGCAAGAACAUCCAGCUCCGCGCCAAGCGUAGCGCUGGCUACGUCCUCCCCAAGGGUAACAUUGGCUACUCUGGCAUCCUGAGGGCCGACGGCACCUACGAACUGUUCAGCCACGACUUUGCCCACGACAUCGUGGCCCUUGGACCCUCUGGCAUCGUGACUAAGUCCGGCAAGAACGUGCAGCUGACCGACGACCUCCACAGGGUCAAGCGUUCCCUGGUGGGCCCCUCUGGCAUGAUCCUUGAGGAUGGCACCCAGGUCCAGUUCAAGGAACCCUUCGCCACCAUCGCCCUGGAUGGACCCUCAGGCCUUAUCCUCAGUGACGGCACCCUCGUCCAGAAGCGCGCCAAGCGUUCCCUGGUGGGCCCCUCUGGCAUGAUCCUUGAUGAUGGCACCCCCGUCCAGUUCAAGACACCCUUCACCACCAUCACCCUGGACGGACCCUCUGGCCUUGUCCUCAGUGACGGCACCCUCAUCCAGAAGCGCGCCAAGCGUUCCCUGGUGGGCCCCUCUGGCAUGAUCCUUCCUGACGGUACCCCCGUCCAGUUCGCCGCCGGCGCCACUCCCGUCGUCAGCGGGCCCUCCGGCAUUGUCUUCUCCAACGGACAAAACAUCCAGCUGCCCUAAGACAACCACUGACGCUGCACCAGGACUCUAGUCUUAAUGCUUCUUCCUCUGACAACUCUGCAUUUUUUAUGACUUGACCAUCAAACAUUCAUCACGAUGUACAGACAAAAUACUUGUUAUAUAAAGCAAUGAAGGUCU